GAGGCUGCCAGGACGACUCAGAAGAAGCCCCCAGCUGAGGGCUUGAAGCAGCCCUGAGGACGCACCAGCCACAGCGGUAAACUGGGGCCGAUGGCCGGAGGCGGCAUGCUCCCCUCCCUGCCCACACUGACUGUACUCGUUCCCCUCCUGUCCCUGGCAGGCUUGUUUUACUCAGCCAGCGUAGAUGAAGCCUUCCCACAGGGCUGCACCAGCACAAACAGCUUAUGUUUCUACAGUCUCCUCCUUCCUGUUACAAUACCGGUUUAUGUAUUCUUCCACCUGUGGACCUGGAUGGGGAUUAAGCUUUUUAGGCAUAACUAGUGCGAUCCAUGUGCUAACCCCUGGGCUUCUCUAAAGCAACACAGUUUAUUUAAUCUCAUCAGGUAUUGCAGUUGAUUCGAGAGAGUUCCUUUCUGGCACUGGUGACUGUCGUCUUUUUUCUAGUGGUAUCUAGAACAGUAUAAAGUCCUCUGCAGCAGCCUAUUACUUAGUUACUGCUAAGGCAGAUAAAGAGGAGGAAUAACAAGAAGCACUAAUUCCUUGUAAUGUGUUCUUUCAAGAGUGUUGUGCGUUUGUAGUGGCACUAAUGAAAAUCUUCUAGGUGGUGAUCAUUUUUACGAGGAAGAACUGUACCCUGACUGAAAUAACUGAUCUUAAAUAAUAAGCAAUGACAACAUGCAGCAAUAUUAAUCUCUCUUUGAAUUACGAGCUUUGGGUUUGUUUUGAACUGAUGUGUUUAUUGAGAUGUAUUUGUCUCACUGUCAGAAGAACAUAAAUUAGGCUGAUGUUUAAUAACAAAACGAGUUAAAUGAAGAAAUUUACUUGGAUGA